AUGCCGACGCCCGGUGUGGGGUGGCUCUCGGGCGCGGAGCAGCUGCUGCUGUAUGUGGAGAGGACGAACAGACGAGAGCAGCGCAGCGUGGGCCGGGCCAGAGAACGCCGCGGGCCCCCGGGGCUGCGGCUGCUGCAGCGACGGAGCUGCCUCCCCCGCCUUGGAGGCGAGAUAAAGAAUGGCGGCGGCGCGCAGCAACAGGUGGAGCCGCCCCCGGAGCCACCCCACGGCUUCCGCCCCCCACAAAGAUCCGGCAGCAGCGGCUGCGCGGAUGUUUUCGCUCGGGCCGUACCUGUCGCCGCGGGCGCCCGCCGCAGCGACCAGCGCCUCGCGGUGCCCGCGCAGCCCUACCCUGCUAAUCCUCUGGCGGCGCGCCCGCUGCCCGCUGCCCACCGCCGUUUGUUUGGGCGGCGCCGCCCCGGGCCUCGCGGGCGACAGCGGACCGGCGCGGCCCCGGGCUGGAGCGCGGUCGGCGCGGCGGCGGCGGUGGCGGCGGCGGCGGCGGCAGCGGCAGCUCGAUGGAUGGACGCGGGGAUUUGGCAGCCCGUCGACGCGCUGGUCAUUAGCGCCGGCGCGGCAGUCCAGCAUCCGGCGAGCCCGCCGUGCCGGCCGGCGGCGGAAAUCCCGGCGGCAAGACGGAGCCCGGUGAGAGCAUGCCUGCGCGUUCCCCGGGGACCAGGGGGACGCGUGGCGUGGCCGGGCCCGGUCUGUCUGGAGGAGGCGACAGGAGAGGGGGCGGCGCCUCCGAGCGCGCGGCGCGCCUCCACUGUGCGAGGGGCCGGCGGCGGGCAGAGCGGGCAGUGCCGCCGGAUUAGUACGGGGCGCGCCGCUAGACGCGGCCAUCAGGUGGGGCUCUGCAACCAGCAGCUGCCGCCCGCAAGUAGGGCACAGGAGCAGCCGGCAGGUUUCGAAUCUUCACAGUGCAGGUCCGGAUCCAACGGGGGAGGGGAGAAGAGGGGCACAUAG